GUAGUAUUUACAGGGGGAUCAGGAGGAAGAAGCAAAGAGAAAAUAAAGCAGUGGGCAAAAGAGGAUGAUGUGUCGAGGAGCAGUGAAUGGUGCCAAAAAUAAGCCUGGGGGACUAUGUUUUCUUGCAGGAGAGCGCAACAACUUGGAAAUGUGGAUCUGGAUGAUUUCAGUGUUUCCAUGUGUAUGGCUUCACGUGGCUUAUGGAGCCCGCAAUAUCCAGCUGAUCCCUCAGCAUCCAGUCAUUAAUGGAUCCGUCACCCUGUCCCUGAAUCUUACUGGAAUAACUAAGAAAGUGUCAAGUUUCCUCUGGUAUAAGGGAUCAAAACCCGAUCAGCAGUAUCAGAUCCUGAGAUUUGCUCCAGAUACAAAUAUUAUCUUUAAUGGGCCUAAGAAUAGUUCUAGGAUCACAGCUUCAUAUAAUGGAUCAUUACACAUCAGACAUCUUCUUAUCACAGAUGAAGGGGAAUAUACAGUGACGAUAAAGAGAGAGACAUCAUCGGAGGACGGGCAUGUGACCCUGACCAUCUAUGAUUUGGUCAGAAAACCAAUAAUCACAUCUUCUCAUUCUCCGGUCCAUGAAGAUGAUUUCUAUGUCCUCACAUGUGUCACGGCCAAUGCUGAGAAGAUAACAUGGAGGCGGCUGAAUAGCAGCUUCCCCCAAGGAGCAACAAUAUCAGCGGAUGCCAGAACCGUCACAUUCACCAACAUUACACGUAGUGACGCCGGAGGAUAUCAGUGUGAGGCCGAGAAUCUAGUCAGUAAGGAAAUCAGUGACGUCUUCACCUUGACUGUGUUAUCUAUCGGUGAAGGUGGAGAUACAGCUGGACCAAGCUCUACUGUAAUUGCCGGAAUUGUAUGUGGGACAAUAUUGGGCAUAGUACUAAUAUUAAGUGUAACCUACCUAUUACACCGGAUAUAUGUACUUCCUUUACGAGAGGCUCAGGGAGUAUUAUCUGCAGGCAAACCAGACCAGUCUGAAAUAUAUGAGAAUGUGAUGGACUUGGCACCGAAGUCUGAGGAACCGAUUUAUAAGGAUUUACAGUUUAGAUCCGAGAAUGUAUACACUACGAUCAACCUAUAAAAUCAUAGGUUGCUAUUUCCACUCCUCAACACUAGUAUUGACAACAUGUAAGACAAAAUGGCUAUUGCCAUCAAAGAAGCUAAGAUUGGGUCACCUGUCGGUGAUAAAACAAAAGAAAGGGAUUACAAUUUACCAUAAGACUCCAUGAAAAUCUGACCUAGACCCUGUGUGUGAAUCCAGCCUACGGACUAUAUAUAAUUUAUUCACACAUUGCGGAAUAUUGUGGAUUCUGAUUGGAUGUCGCAAAACUUUCAGUAAGAAAACAAAAUGACCAUGGCAAGUGAGUGCAUUAAUGACGCACUUAGGAGAGUCACAUGGCUGUGACAAAAUAUACCCUAAGAACAUUCCUGGAUGAUUUGCUGUACGUUUCUCACAGUUUGACGUGAACAGAUUUGGCUCACCCCAAGUGGUCAUGUUGAUGAGGCCAUAUGAUGCCCAGUGAGUUCCGUGCAUGAGUCCUAUUUAUUAGAAUUGGCCUUGUGCACAGAACUUGCUGAGUAUCAUAAGGUUGCCUCAGCCACCUGAAUGGCUGACACCGCUUUGCUAGACUGACUUUUUAAAGGAACAUGUUAAUUCAGAAAGAUUUGCAAAAUUUCAUAUUAAAAUUCUAUGUAAAAUGCUCAAUAAAUCUCUAAACAUUGGCCCACAUUAAUCAUUGUAGGUGUAAGUAAAGCAUUUAUCAUUGUAGGUGUAAGUGAAGCAUUUAUCAUUGUAGGUGUAAGUGAAGCAUUUAUCAUUGUAGGUGUAAGUGAAGCAUUUAUCAUUGUAGGUGUAAGUGAAGCAUUUAUCAUUGUAGGUGUAAGUGAAGCAUUUAUCAUUGUAGGUGUAAGUGAAGCAUUUUUUUACAC